AUGGAUGUCAAAGGCAACAAGAAGGGCUUCUGCAAGGACACAGGCAACCCCACCAGUUUGCCCCAGGUCAACACCCCUUGCCUGUUCUACACCCAUCCGGCACUUGAGCUGAGGCUUCUGUGGGUACUGACGCAUUCCUGCCCCAGAAAUCCUGGGGCCUCUCAAUCCCAGCACUCAGAAGAAGCCUCCAUGAAGGAAUGGAAGCUACCUCUGGGCCUGGGGUGGGUCAGGGCCAUCAUAAAAGCCAGCCCAACUCCUCACUGCCUCAUUCACUUCCCUCACCUCCUCCUUGGGAACCAGGUGCACCUCCAGCCUCAAGACAUGUCCUGCUACGACCAGUGCCUGCCAUGCCUGCCAUGCCGGCCCUGUGGCCCGACCCCACUGGCCAACAGCUGCAAUGAGCCCUGUGUCAGGCAGUGCCAGAACUCCACUGUCGUCAUUGAACCCCCUCCCGUGGUUGUGGCCCUGCCUGGCCCCAUCCUCAGCUCCUUCCCGCAGAACACCAUUGUAGGAUCCUCCACCUCCGCUGCUGUUGGCAGCAUCCUCAGCUGUGAUGGAGUGCCCAUCACCUCUGGCUGCUGUGACCUCUCUGGCAUUUCCAGCCGCUACUGCGGCAGAAGGUGUCCCCCCUGCUAA